AUGACGGCGACACAGAAGCCCUCCACCCAUGUGGAUCUGGAUGAGUGCAUGCGGGUGGCACUGGAGGCGGCAACAGCGGCUGGCAGCAUCAUCAGGGAGGCCUGGGACAAGCCUCGCCAGGUCCACCUGAAGACCAGCGUGGAUCUGGUGACGGAGACGGACAGGCAGUGCGAGGAGGAGAUAUACUCCCGCCUGCGGGCCGCCUUCCCCGACCAUGCGUUCAUUGGGGAGGAGGGCUCUGCCAGCCAGGGGUUCACCGCGGAGCUCACAGAUGCCCCCACAUGGCUGGUGGACCCCGUGGACGGCACGACCAACUUCGUGCAUCGCUACCCCUUCACCUGCGUCAGCAUCGGCCUGGCGGUGGGCGGCGCCCCCGUGCUGGGCGUGGUGGCCAAUCCCAUCCUGGGCGAGGUGUACCGCGCGGUGCGCGGCGGCGGCGCUUUCUUAAACAACGAGCCCAUCCACGCGUCGGCCACCCCGGACCUCCAGUCGGCGCUGUUCGCCACGGAGCUGGGCAUCCGGCGCGACGACGCCUUCCUGGACGCGGCCUUUGCGAGGAUCAGGGAGCUGCUGCGCGGCGCGCGCAGCGUGCGCUGCGGCGGCUCCUGCGCCCUCAAUCUCUGCAGCGUCGCGCAGGGCAGGCGCGGCAGGCGGGGAUCGGCAGUGGCGCUGGACGCCUUCUUCGAGCUGGGCUUGGGCGGGCCGUGGGACAUGGCCGCUGGCGCCGUCAUCCUGGAGGAAGCUGGGGGGAAGGUGCUGGACCCGGCAGGCGGCCCCUUCAACGUCAUGAGCCGGCGCGUGCUGGGUACCAAUGGGCACCUAGCAGCGCAGGGUGAUGCAGCCCUCAUCCAGCGCCUCCUGCCCGACGAACUCCUGCUGGCAAUCCUCUCCAAGCUCCCCGCCUCUGGCCUGGGGGUGGCCAGCUGCGUCUGCAGGCAGUGGCACCGCGUUGCCCGCGACCCCAGCCUCUGGCAGGCGCUGUGCCAGGAGGCCUUCGGCCGCACGCUGGACCGGUCCGCGCUGCUGACGCAGGUGCGCGACCCGCACGGCGGCAGCUGGCGGGCCAUGUACCUGGACCGGCCUCGCCUGCGGUACGACGGCGUGUACUGCUCGCGCAACACCUACAUCAAGCAGGGCAUCCGGGAGUGGGCGGUGCAGAACGCGGUGCACAUGGUGUGCUACUUCAGGUAUUACCGCUUCUGCGCCGACGGCACGUUUGUGUACCGCACCAGCCCGGAGCCGCUGACCAGGGUGCUGCGCUCGCUGACCCACCCCGACCAGCGCGCCAAGGCUGGCGCCGCGCCAGUUGUGUACGUGGGGCGCUACGCGCAGCGGGGCAGUACGGUGCACACCAGCCUGCGGUACAACGACAGUCGGGCCACUGAGCUGCGCGCGCGGCUCACCCUGCGGUCGACGGUGCGGGGGGCCAACAAUCGCCUGGCUGUGGACUCCUUCUUUAGCUGGGACGGGGUGGAGGGCAGCUCCCACUCCUUGUUGGAGGAGGGCGAGGCCGGGGAGGGGGCUGGCGAGGGGCGGCGGCCGUUCCAGAGGGGGCUCAACCCUUUUGUGUUUGUGUCGUACCAGCAGGCGCACAAGAGCCCCCUGAACCUCCCAGUCACCCAGAUGGACUACUUCAUCCCGGGGUAG